AUGUCAUUUCAUGAAACAACUCCUCCUCAAUCAGUACAUCAGUCUGAUCUGUUAUCCUUAUCGCCAGAACCUCAGGCACAGACAUUCGAGUUUCCAGAUCCUGUGCCUCCUCCACCGACCCCCAAUCACGAUCUUCCUCCUCACAUGGCUAUGCGCACACCCUCUCGUGGACAUUCUAGCCCUGAGCUUUCCGCUCAGAUCUUCCGUUCAUUCCGUUACACCCCGGACAUGAUGCCCAUGUUGGGUGAGCGCGGUGCACCCCCUCUAUUCAAGGGGAGCCAUGAGAAAGUCAAAUCGUUCCUUAAGAAAUUCAACACUCUAUGCGCCCGGUAUUCGGUGACAGACUCUGCCGACAAAUGCGAGCGAGUCCUUGAAUACUGUAGCGACAAGGUUGUUCAACUCAUAGAGGCGCUUCCAGGAUAUCGAAGCUCAGAAUGGGACACUCUGGAAACAGAAAUGAAACAGCACUUUGAUGCUGACCGGAAGGAAACCCGCAAUACUAUCUGCCGACUCUCAAAGUUCACUGCUCGUCAGGGUGCCAAGAAAAUCAAGUCUCUCACACAGUGGAAACGGUAUGAACGAAAGUUCAUAACCAUCUCCGGAUGGCUGCGCAAGGCCGAUAAAAUAACCGAGAACCUAGAGGCCACCUAUUUCUGGCUGGGCAUCCACCUCGAUACUCGCCAGAAAAUUGAGAAUCGGCUCUAUGCUCGUCACCCCAAUAUCUCCGCCAAGACAGCAUUCCCCAUGAAGCUAGUCUCCGAAAUUGCCCUUGAAUUAUUUGAAAGGGACCGCUUCGAGUUCAAUCUAGUCAGCGCCGGAUAUGAUUCGGAAGACGAAUCCUCUGAUAGUGAUUCUGACUCUGAUGAUGAUGAAUCAGAGGAAGAUGAAGACAAGGUCAAAGCCCAGCUCAAGGCCUUAAGAUCUCAGAAGGCCCAUAAACCUAGAGCUAGGAAGUCCAAGGCUCAUGAUAGUGCCAUUGACCCUGUCAUGGAGGAAGUCCAGGCUAUUUCCCCUACAUAUUCUUCACAUAGAACUCCUUCACACCGAAAGUCUUCAUCGGGCGAUUCAGAGGUUGAAGACCUCAUUAAGAAGAUGUCCCAGAUGAACAUCAAGGAUCCAGACUAUGCUGUCACAUAUUAUCGAGCAUUCUGUUUGGACGAGCGAAUUGCAAGAAUCUUUCCUGAGCCAGCCAAACAAGCUAUUCAAGCAUCAAACCGGGAGUUCUCUCGACAGGCUUCUACCACACCUCGCUCAAGUCUUCCUCCGCCAGCCAAUCAGAAUGUCAACCCUUCCACUUCCCAGAAUUUUCCGCCACGACCUCCUCUUAAGUGCUAUGGAUGUGGAGGCCAGGGACACGGGCUUAGACGAUGCCCUCCGUUGAAUGACCUGGUAGAUCAGGGAAUCAUCUCCAGGGACUCAGAAGGACGUUACACAUGGCCUAAUGGGGAGCUGAUUAGGCGCAACUUUGGUGAGGACUAUCUCCCAGCCAUUCAACGCAUUCGCAGCCAGGCAUCCCCUGUAGUUUCCAACUUCAUCACAUCGUUUGACCCUGAGGAUUAUGUGUCUGAAGGAGAGGAAGAGGAAGAGGAGGCAGAAGAGUUCCUAGCUGAACUAGACCCUAUGGAUGUUCUAGCAGCAGAACGUGCACCCAAGACAGUCACCAUGACUAGAAAGGAUGUGCUAGGCAAACCAUCUAGUUCAAAGGCGCGCCCAACGGUCAACGAAGAAACGGGACGGCACACACGUUCUAAAGGGGCUGCCCCUGAACCUAGGGCAGGCCCUAACGUACGGGCAAAACCGUCUUCUCCCAAGAUUCCUGCCUUGAUAAACCCGGUCCCUGCCGAUAUUCGUCCCAGGCACGAGUUUACGGCGGAGGACAUUGCUAUGGCCGAUGAUGAGACACCAGAGCCCAGAAAAGGAAAUGCCGCGGAAGCAAAACCCAAUGAUCGUGUUGCUAGGGCACCCAGGGCAUCUGCACGUCAGGCUGAGAUUCUAGAUCCAGAGGAGCAGGAAGCUCUUUUCCGCCGAGGGCUGGAAUCUACCUUCCAGAUCUCCCUUCAAGAAUAUCUUGCGGUUUCAAAGUACGCUCGGGAACAAGUGAUGUCAAUGCUCAAGGGAAGAUCCAUGAAGAUAGCCAAUGAAAACGCAGUGCCUGAACCGGUGAAGAACAUCACUGGCUCGAUUCCCCAGAGCUUCGAAGUCCAGAUCGAAAAUGAGGAUACAACCAAAGGACCUCUUAUAGUGGUCCCCAUGCGCUUCGGAAAGGAAAUCAUUCAUGCGGUUGUAGACUCUGGGUCCCAACUCAAUAUAAUUCACGCCGAUGUCUACAAGAAGUGUAUUCGCCUACCGGUGGACACAUCUAAAGUCGUCACAAUGAAUGAUGCAAAUGGUGGAUCAGGGGAACUACGAGGCUAUGUAGCCAAUGUUCACCUAACCUGCGGAAGUGUGGACACGGUUGCCAGUCUCUAUCUCGGACACAAGGCCCCCUUCAACCUCCUUUUGGGAAGACCCUGGCAACGUGCUAACCGAGUUUCGAUCGAGGAACGAGAUGAAGGGACAUACUUGGUUUUCCGUCCCAGAAACGAAACCACGAAGUAUGAACUCUUAGUCUUAGAAACUGUGAAUCGCCCAGAACAAGUGCUACGCAGUGUUUUCCGCAAGGAAGACUUUGCGGUAAACAUGGUCAAACCCUCUGUCCUUGCCGCAGCGCAUAGUUUCACAUCAUUCAUUACCACUGAACCCUUCUCAGAAACUCAGUUGUCAUAUGAUCACUCAGAAGAGAGUGACAUAGAUUCAGUACAUUCGGCACAUAUCUCUUUCCCAACAUCCACUACUACAUUGGCUAGGCUUUCCUCAGUGGAAGCAUCAAGUCCCACUCAGAAAAUGGUGGAGUCAUCGGUUAACUCAACCAGCUCAGAAGUAUGUGAAGGCCCAAGCGAGCUGGAGACAAUGGAUCAGAGAGAACCGGCAGACUCAAACAUUGACCUACAAGAACUCUCCUAUAUUGCCCCACCGCGUUAUUGUCUCCACAGUAAGGGAGAGGGCCCAUUCCUUGGUACGGACGGAUUUUUCUGUAUUAAAUGCUGGGGAGACUACUUGGACGAGUGUCUCCUGCUUAACGAGACCCACGGAAACACUGAACCAGAAGAUGAGAAGGAAUCAGCCACGCACAUACACACACUCGAGAGUACGGUCCUACCUGAUAGAUUUGGUGGACAUGAUGGGUUUACUAUAGACUCAGGAGGUUCUCAAUGGGGGGAUUCUACUGGCUAUGAUUCCCCCAGCGGCUUUAAUAGCACCUCCUCAGCUCCUGGAAAUGUUCCGGGGAAUAUAGAAGAUUUGCACGCACAUCCUUCACCCUCGGUCCAUCAGAAAAACUCGCAAGAAGUGCUGGCAGGUUCCCAUAGUUUGCCCCCAUCGCCUAAGACACGUCCAUCAGAAAAGCGAACUCUCGAGCCUAUAUUGGAAGUCCCUCACAGGAAUCUGGAAGUUGGAACUCCACCCGGAACUUCGCAAUUUUUCGACCAUUGGAUUUGGUGGGAUACUCAAGAAUACCCUGAGAAUGGGAUACCAACCGGGGGAUUGGAGCCCUCAUUUGAGGAAACCGAACACGCAGAUGCAGAAACGCAGAUAGGGCCGUCAGGCUCCCCAGAACAUUCUAAUUGUUCUACUCUAUGUACAGUGCACCCCGAUUAUAAUUGCGAAGGGAAUAGAGUCGAAGCGGCGCGGAAGCAUGAAUGUGCCGUAUCUGCGUCCCUAGAUCUCUCCAGAAACCCACCACCCAGACAAAGUGCCGAAAGCGGAGGCCCAAUACUUCUGAGGGACGAUGAGAUGUCGUCAAGAUUGCAGACUAGCGAUUUCAACUUACCGCUGUCUGCGAUCAACUCCCAGGAAGAACCGUAUCCUUGGGAAGGACCGAAUUCCCAGUGGGACAACCCGCCCCGAUCCUCGAGAAUCUUGUACGACACUUUGACACGAAAUUCAUCGCGGGAACAGGAAGGCCUAGGAUUUGGUGAAGCCUUGGGAAGCGUCCAUAGCGCGUUGCAAUUUGGGCAUCCCUGGCGUAGCCCGCUACCAACGAGGGCGAGCACGGUAGGAGGUAUUCGGUUCGUGCGAAAACGCGGAGGUGAUGGGACAUCCCAAGACUCUUCACCCACGAGUGCCCCGAGUGAAUUGUCGUCUCCGUUAUCUGAAAUAGAGAUUCUGCAAAGCACAACCCCGCCGACGAAUCCUAACACUACAUCAGAAAGAGUCCGCGUACAGCAGUUGCACUCACUCCGUUCCAUUUUGAGUGAUCCGUCAGAAGAGAGACCGUCUGCUCAGAGUAAUGAGAGGCGCGGGUCUCGAGCCGGCGCAAGCCUAGACAAGAAAACGGCCGGCCCCGAGACGAGGGCAAGGCCACAGGGCGGUAGCAACGCCUACGAGAAUGUAAAUGGGCCAAGUUCUAGAAGUCAGAACUAUGGAAACUCACCUGAUCUGGAACUUAUGACCAGAGCCACUGUGGACUGUACCCGAUGCGAUGGAAAAGUAGAGGAGAUGUGGCGCGGCAUGAGAAGCCCGGUAGGUAACCAAGAGGUAAGUUCGCGAGAAACGUCGGCAGAGCUAGGGUGGUGCAGCAACGAGGGACUGGCAACCCCAAAAGGGAUAUGCGAUAACUCGCAGGUCGCCGUCGUUGAGCGCCACGCAGAAUGCGCAAGUGCAGAAACCCGGAGAGUAGGACCCAGCGGGAGCUCGCCGAAAUUCUCUACAGAAUGGGGAGAAAGGCCGCCACAGUAUCUCGCUAGCCCUACCAACCAAGGGAAGCGUUUCCCACCAGAAAAUCGGUAUGGAGAAGCGAAGGACGAUCAGUGUUGCGGCAGAUGCAAAACCCCGGUGCAACAGGGCUCAGAGGUUGGCAAUUCUGCCAAAUCGUGCCGACCAAACGUGAGCGCAUGGAUUAGAACAGUAGGCAGUGGGCAGCAGGAUGAGGCCGCUGUGGAAGCAUUCGAUUCGGCCAGCGCAAUAUAUGCCGUCCCAAUAGACCUGCCUCCGCCUGUGGUAGGGCGAACUCGAUGCCUGUACAGCCACGCAGAAACGCCUGCAUGGCGUGGCCUGAGUACGCCAGAUAGUAUGGAUAAUGCGCGACGCCCCGCCCAGCGGUCGAAGAUAGGCCCGGAAGAGCUGACAAGGACGAAAGGAAGUCUUGAAAAAAGUGCAGGGCAGGGGAAGCGGCAGGAGGUACCAAGAGGACCGCGUUUCGAAGGAGAUCGGGUAGGAAUUGGUAGAGGGAUGGCGAUGAACAACCCUGGUUGGGAAGACCUAGGCUCCAAGCCAGAGCAUUCGCCAGCUAACGAGGAAAUAAGCCAGAGCAUGAGUAAGUACGAAGGGGAGGACUUACCUGAGGUAGGAAUUCCCCAUGCGUCUCCCAUUGCGCUCGCUCGGGAAUGGCCUAGUGAUGCCGGCGAAACGCAGAGUAGCGCUAUCGAAUUCGCUACGCCGGAAGAGGAAUUCCUAGAACGCGAUUUGAGCACCCCCGUCGUGAAGAAAUCGUCGGAUCUUGAGGGUGUCCCAACGGUUGACUCGCUAGCAGAAGAAGCUCUGCGUCCGCUCUUAUUAUACACCAAACCAAUUCGCUUGAUUCCUUUGGGGGAAAGUCCCAAUCAGUCCGAUAUCGUUGCGCUAGGUCUUGAAGUACCGCCCCCGCGAAUCCGACGAAGUUGGCUUGCCAGCGUAAGGGAAAGUCGUACGGCCGAACCUUCCAGGUCGUGUAAUGCCGAGGAGGAUCGUACAGAAGAGAGCCCCCAUACAUGGUGGGAAGAUGAAGGAGGGCGGGAUGAGAGUAGAACAGUGAACGAGACUGCCGGAAACGUUAGCAGACAAACUUCGGUAAUAGAACGAUACGAAGAGACGCGCUCACGUGCUCUCCAAGAACGCGCACUCUUUGCGAGACUGUCUUGGAAGGGCCGUUUGUGCCAGCGUCUCAACGAGGAUAUCGACGCGAACCAGCCCCAAAAUCAACGAGCACAUGUAGUGCAGACCUCCCAGGCAACCCGACCGGCCGUGUUCUUGCUGAACGAAUUGGAUCUCGAUGCACGGGGAAGACGUCCUCCCUGCGUCCUCGCACAUCGUCAUGGCGCAAAUCCAGAGGCUUGUUGUUGGUGGCACUAUCCAUCAGAACCGUAUUGGAUGCCAGAACGACAAGGUAAGGAAUUCCAGACGACGAAGCCGUCAAUUCUGAACUCCGCGACGAAUAAUGUACGCACCUACGUCUUGGAAUCGCCGCCCCUCCCGCUAUUUAAUGCACCGUUGGAUACAGUUGGCCCCCCAUCCUCGAAACUUACUCUCAACUCGCUUACCAGCACACCCAGCUUACCAGCACAUAUUUUUCAAAGUCAUAUCGCGAGCGACAUGUCUUCCAACAACUACGCCGCUGUUGCCGACGCCGUCAACGUUCCUGCGCACCCCCAGGCCACGAUUGGGCGUGUCAUCCAGACGCUCGUUCGCACUGGAAUGCCCCCUGCAUACCCCGUCGAUCGCGUCCCUCAGCCUCAUAUCUCCCUUCCCAUCCAGUUCCCCAGCGGGGGACAGGACCAGGCAUUGCUCACGGCGCAGCGUCUGCAACGCUACGGUCUAGUCCAGGCGGCUAUGACCCAGGCUCAACCCCAGAAAGUUGCGGGGGUUAUGUCGUCCAACAACUUCGUCGAACAUCAGUCCCAUAUGGUGAACAACGGCAAGAUCAGGAUUUAUCUUGCCAACGACGCAGAAGUCAGUAGGCGAAGUUCCAUCGUUCCCCACUUGGUGGAGCGAAAUCGCGGUACCGCCUAUCUCAUUCUCCUUGAAUCGUUUGAUGCUCCAGCCAUUGAUUCCCCUCCCACUCCUUCCCAUCGUCUUCUAGAUGCGUUCACUUUCUCCAUCGCAGACUCCCAAUACCCCUACAACAUCAUUGUACCUCCCGGCGUACUUUCCCCUCGUCCUGUACCCGCUGUUGUGGAGCCCGUCGUCCAGAGGGCAGCCCCUACCAUCAGGAUUCCGCCUCGCCGUCAUUCGUUUGGAGAAAUCGACCAGAACCGUGAUGAGGAUAAUCAGAGGCCUCCUCGAACGCAAAAUGCUCGCACACGUGGAACUCGACGUGGAGGAGCUCCUCGUCAGGUUCCUCGCCGCCGCUCAGCAAGACUCAGAGGCAUCUCAGCGUCGACCGUAGACGUUGACCAUGUGUCAGAGCCUAUACCUGAGCGUCAGGAGACUGCUCCUCGAUCCUCAGAGGCCAACCAACAGUCCUUUCGGUCCCCCGUUCGUACCGCAAGUCCUCCAGGACUCCCCAUUCCCAAUGACGCCAUCCGUCACAAGAAUAUUGAAGACCUUAGGAAUCUUCAGCGGCGUGUCCGCCUUGGAGCUUCCUCCGAUUCCCCUUCUCCUCCCUCCGAUUCCACCUCCCACCGAACCUCGAGCCAUGCGUCGGACAAUCAGGAACCCACUCAACCCUCGCUUGAGCCCAUCAUUAAGGAGGAAUAUCAGAGCGACCCACCUAUCCUUUCGCUCACGCUGGAGGACCCCAAACCUUCGUCGGAAUCCGUAGAACGUUCGCCCCCCAGGAAUCAGCUAGCUCUCAACCAAGAAUUUAACGGUGCGAGGUCUUCUGGUGUUCUCACCACCCGUUACUAUAGGUCACCAUCUCCUAUGGAAUCGUCCGAAUUCACCCAGCCCAGCUUAGGAACUGAAGGUCGUCCCCCUUCCCCAGUUCUGGGAGACGUUACCAUGAAAGAUGACACCAGUUCGUUCCACCUUCCGUCUCCAGCCACCUCUCUUCCUACUCCCACUGCAGACAGUCCUAGCAUUUCGGAUAAUGAAGGGGGAGCUAAGGAAGGGAACUCUGAGGCCCUCAGUAUGACUGUCUUUUCCCCCAGUGAGUCUGACAUCAAUCGGGCCUACGCCUCCAUCAAUAUUCAGGACCACAUCACUCAACUCCUUCGCCAAGUAGCUUCGGAAAUUGCAGCUGAAGAAGGGGAGGUACUUGUGCCUUCCUCCAGCCCUGCUCAAGAUACUCCACCCAUGGGUUCAUCUGCUGCCAAAGGAGCCAAGAAGCCUCGCUUCGGUUCUCCCAUUGGAUCUAGGAUGGACAGAAGGAAAGCCAUUCGAUCUCGUCCUCCACCAUCCAAAGGCAAGGGUUCCACUUCAUCCUCCACACUCAACCAGCCUCCUUUGCAGCAUGCCUUUCAUGUCUGGAGACCUGAGUCUGGGGAAGGCCCUGUCCUCAUCAUGCCUGACUCUGAUUCAGAAGAGGCAACAGAAUUCUUCAAGAAUGCAGUUGUAGUAGAGGAAUCUGAGGACAGCUUUGUUGUCCAAGUUCCUCAGGGCUCUCAUGGCCUUGCAGCUGCUAUGAAUUCUGCCUUCCAGCACAAUCACCAAAUGUUGCAGGAACUUCUGGAUGAGGAGAAAGAGAAUGUUCCUCCUGGCAGUGAAGUAGUUGUGGGUAUGGAAACCACCAGCAAAUACUACAACAAGAAUCCCAACAAGUCCAAGGAGACAGAAGCCCUGUAG